GGGGAAGCUCCUCCCCCUCCUCAGCUUUUCCUCAUAUUAAAAGGCUGCGGCGUACCUUGGGCUCCCGUCUGUCUUCUCCUCUUCAGAUCAAUCAACUAAACAAAAACACCCUGAGAUACCCGACGACUUUCGUCUUACACGCACAUUCCUGUCAAAUUUACAAGACCUCCAUCGAGAGUUCAUCAUUCAAUCACUUACCAAAACACACUACAUUUCUAUACACCACCACCACCACAACAGUCAAAAUGGUUCGCGGCGAGGCUUCCCAGACCAAGGUCCACUUCAAGGGCCAGGAGGACGACUUCAUCAUCUUCGUUGAGGACCCCGAGCUCUACAAGAAGUGGAAGACCGACAAGUCUGUUCCUCUGGCACACUUCGUUUCCUCAUACAAGAUCUUCGUCACGCACAAGCAAGGUGCACAGGGCCAGUACGAUGCCGCUUCCAAGUCCACACUUGAGAACGAGUUUGGUACCAGCGUCGACGACGAGGUGAUCAAGCAAAUCCUUGAGAAGGGUGACACCCAGAACGUCGAGUUCCCCGACCGCCAGGGUCCCAAGAACGAUUCCCAGGGCGGCAUGGUUGCCCACUAGAGGUCUUCCAACUCCCGCAGUCGCGUGAGGCUAGACGUGAGGGGCGGCAUUGUCGCAUCAGCUCGGCCAACACCUUACAGAAGGUUGAGGCCCAAUGCGAGCCGAACCCGGCGAUUCCCUGGCGCUCGACGUAGCUGCGGUCAAAGGCGGGCGUUUCUGUUUUGAGGCGUUGAGGUUUGGGGUGGUGUGUGCAGCGAUGGCAGCGAGGCAUUACGCUCGACGGAGCAUGCCUAACAACGACAAUCCGAAAGAAGAUGUCUUGAAGGGGAACAUUAAUCGCAUUCCCAUCAACCAAUUUACAUGCAACGGAGGAUGAUGUACAAGGUGUGAUAACCUUGAAAAAUCUCCUUCGAGCCCGACAAGGGUUCAACAUCGACGCCAUGGUCAAGCAUGGGGUCGAUUGCAUGGGUUUACUUAGCGAAUAGCUGAAUAUGAGCACAUGACUUCUCUCCAUCAAUUUUGCCCUUGCCUGCACCUGAUGCUAAUGAACGGUUUUGAUGUUUGCACAUCUAAGGGGAGUUUGAUCCAUAUGCGACGAAAGUAGUACGAGCGGAGAAAAUUAUUGCAAUACACGAAAUGCAAGAAGCUUGGGUAGUAAGUUAGUCAUGCCGUCAAAUCCGAAAACUGGCCAGGCAGACUGGCUAUAGAGCAAGCUUUUGCGAUAUGGUUGACCGACCGGGCGAUUGAUCAAAAGAAGCUCUUUCCGACGGCUUGGUCAGGCUUACUUCAUGUAAAUUGAGCCGCCAGGAACGGGCAAGACACCUGGUCUAUAUAAAGAUGGUCUUAAUGUA